UUCCUAUCACCUCCCAGAUGUCACUUUGGCAGCCGAUUCAGAGAAGUUAAACCCAGGAACCUGCCUCAAAGAAGUCUGUGAUAAACAUGCAGUCGCCAGUACUGUCAGUUCAUGUGGAGCCAAGGAGGUUUGCCAGGACAACGUCAAAUGCGGGAUUCAGCACAACGACACCAUUGACAGUUCGAUCAACUGCAACCGCUCAACUGAACACUGUAAUCUCAUGAGGCAGGCACCUUUCACUGCUUGUCACGACCGCAUUGACCCAGAGCCGUACAUAACCGCCUGCACAAACACUUUGUGCAAUUACCCGGCGGUGGACGGUCUCAACUGCCAGUUGUUGGAGGCUUAUGCCAAGGCCUGCAGUCUGAAGGACGUCACACUGAAGAACUGGAGGUCAACGGUUGGCUGCUUUGCUGCCAGCCAGGUUGACCUCAAUCUGUCUGACCCACAAAACAUUGUUACUGGACAUGUGAACAUCAGCACGUGUCCCAUCACCUUCUAUGGACGCACAUACUCAAUGCUGGAUCUGUUGAUCCAAGAUUCAGUUCUUUCAGUUUGUUUCAAAAAUGACGCAGCUGAAAACGCAACAGCCUGUCUUUCCGUGGGUGAUAACGGCAAUGCAACCAAAGUUGGUUGGGGGAUAAAAACUACCUCUACGGACAGGUCAGAUAUUAUUAAAGGUUCCGAGCUGCCACAGUUGGUGUCCUCUUCACAAUGCCAUAUUGCACUGAAGACCAACGGACCAGAUGGAGACUAUGCGGAGUUAAAGCUGUUCAACUUUGGGGCACAAACAGCUGCUGGUGCCGUUUUGAUGAUUUCCGAUCAUUUUAGCAUGAGUGCAAUGGUCGAUGACUCAACUGUGGAUUCAUGGGCAAUUUCUAAAGCUGUAUUGAAUGGAAGCGAAUUUUUCAUGGACUUGAGCGGAUGCAGACUGUCAGGUAGGCAAAUCCGGUGGUUCCCAAAGAAGGGACUGGGGCUCUUCAGGGAUCCUCUAAACCAGGGCUGUCCAAAGUGGGGCCCGCGGGCCAAAUUGGUGAAGUUUAAUAUUAAACUCAUUUCCUAUCACCUCCCAGAUGUCACUUUGGCAGCCGAUUCAGAGAAGUUAAACCCAGGAACCUGCCUCAAAGAAGUCUGUGAUAAACAUGCAGUCGCCAGUACUGUCAGUUCAUGUGGAGCCAAGGAGGUUUGCCAGGACAACGUCAAGUGCGUUGCAAAAACCCCUCUCGUGUGCACUGUGACCGGCUCCACUGUCAUCGAUUUCUUCGGCAGAGUCCACUCUAUCCCGGAUCGGUGUGAUUACCUCCUGAUGGGAAACGGGGGUUUGGAAAUCGCAGCGGGUUUCUCGGAGCGAAGGCGUAAAGAUGUGCCAUUUUUGAAAAAAUGUCUAAUAAAGUCGGGGAAUACAGAACUGUUUCUGGUACCAGAUGGAAGACUUUUGGAUGGGCAUACUGGCAAAUACAUAGAGCUCAACGCCACGACUCAGUGGAUUCAGGGUGUGGAGCUCUCCAAGGACCACACUGGAAUUACUGCCAAGUUGCCUAACUCCAACAUGACACUCUUUUUUGAUGGCACCACCGCACAUGUGUCAGGAUUUGCUGAAGAUGUAAACGGCUUGUGUGGCAACCCCACAAAUUCCAGCCUAACCACCACUCCGAGUGCAGAGAAGACCACUUUCCCUGAAUGCGAGAUUCAGCACAACGACACCAUUGACAGUUCGAUCAACUGCAACCGCUCAACUGAACACUGUAAUCUCAUGAGGCAGGCACCUUUCACUGCUUGUCACGACCGCAUUGACCCAGAGCCGUACAUAACCGCCUGCACAAACACUUUGUGCAAUUACCCGGCGGUGGACGGUCUCAACUGCCAGUUGUUGGAGGCUUAUGCCAAGGCCUGCAGUCUGAAGGACGUCACACUGAAGAACUGGAGGUCAACGGUUGGCUGCUCUGGUGGACUCCUGCCGGGCUCCUGUCACGGCCUGGACUGCAGCCGACAUGAGUUCUGUGGAGAGCACAACGGUGGAUCCGCCUGCUUGUGUCGGGCCAUGUUUGCCUCCAAGUACAAACCAAAACACGCUUUAGGCGAACCGGCAGUCUGCAUGCAGAACUCUGCCACUGUGACUCUGGCUGGAUGUCUGCUGCUGGACAAAGGCAUCGACUACUCCGUCCUGCACCUCAAGGACCCGAGCUGCGCAGGUGACAUGGACAACGAGACCCACAUGAUAAGUUUCAGCUUUAACAGCAGCAACAACUGUGGGACGGAGGUUAUGACGAACAACAGCCAAAUCCUCUGCAAGAACACCAUCAUGGUGAGGAACAGCACCUUGAACGGCGUCAUCACCCGCCACGACCAAGUAGAGAUCGACUUCUCCUGCCUCUACCAGAUGCCAGACAUCAGGAGUGUGUCCUUCAGGAUCAAUGACAGCUCUGUGGUGCAGAAGAUUCAAUCUGGAGUUUGGAAUUACACUCUGAUAAUGAGCGCCUACAACGACCCCAGCCUCACGCAGCUUAUCAAGCCGAACACUGACAUCCAACUGAACCAGACGGUCUGGCUGGAGCUGAAGGCGGAGGAGCUGGACGACGACAUGGUCGCCAUAGUGACCGACUCCUGCUGGGCAACCAGCCAGGUGUCACCUAAUAGUAGUCUGCGAUACGACCUCGUCAUUAACAAAUGCCCGAACCCCGCUGACAAGACGGUGCGCAUGGAGGGAAACGGAGAGGGAACGUCCAACUCUUUCUCUUUCAACAUGUUUGAGUUCUCUGGGCAAAGCCCUGAAUACUACCUGUACUGCCAAGUGGAGCUGUGCUCAACACAAGGCCAAACCUGUGCUCCGAGCUGCGGAAAAAGCAGACGCAGAUCUUCCAAGUCUAAACUUGGAGAAUCUGCCCUCAUCACUAUGGCCUGGAGUAACUAAAGACAGCCCCUCUUUUUGAUCGAUUACAUGGUGAUUCCGAAGCUUCGUCCCGACAAGGAGCCUGAAAUCUCGCUGCUUUUGAAAGAGUGUUUUGAAGUUAUCGUUGCUGUGAAACAACGCUGGCAGAUUUAUAAUCUUCAUAUGAACCACCUGAGAUGAUGGCAUAUAUUAGCUCUGCAGAAUCUGUGGGGUGCUGAUUCAAUCCACUGAUUCAUGCAAAUUGUUAUGAAGUGUGCAAUGAAGAACAAAAUAAUCAGGUUUAGAGGGUUUUAUUUACGGUUUGCACUACUUCCUGGUAUAAUGUGGGUUAUUUUAAAAUGAUAUACUACUGUUCUAAACUUAGUAAUCAGCUGUUAUAUUGAUUUUAGGCGUUUGUAGGGCUGGACCGCAGAGGACCAGCCCUACAAACGCAAAAGUCUGUCACUGAGUUUGUGACUGAGUGAUGAGGUCACACUACUGGUCGGCCGACUGUUGGAGUUUCCUCAUUGGCCGUUGCUCUUUCAAAAUGAAAAGGCGGAGAACAGUUCUGUGUUUACGUUUUCAUGGGAGCGUGUCAGCGGUUCAAU